GUCUCGAAGGAACUGAAGAAGAAAGAACGAAAAGGACGAUGCACUGAGAGACAAUAGCUCUUUUCAGUUUAGUCUUGUCAUUCUUCUCUGAAUUUCGCUCAUUUGCAAGUUACUUCGUUCAGUUCGAGAAGCCUACUAGCUAUACUGAACAUGGACGGUCGAAUUAAAUUACUGCUGUUAUCUCUGGCCAUCGCGGUUGCCGUGGCGUCGAGCGAGGAGAGCGGAGAGACGAAGCCGAGGUGGAUGCGCCGAGGAAGACAGAUGUUCACGCGCCUCACCUCGUACGUGCCUCGCAACCGCCCGCGUUAUCAGCUGUGCGAGGUGGACGGCACGAUGGGCGCCUGUAUGAAGGAUUCCGUCUGCAGGAGGGAGCGGGGCCUCUUCGCCGGGUACUGCGGUGGCGAUAAUGAGGUCUGCUGCGUAGUGGACAAAUCCUGCGACGGCUCAACACGCUCCCACAGCUCCUACUUCAGGAACCCGAAUUUCCCUAAAAACGACACGGAGGAGCGGAUGUGUCCCUUGACGGUGGAAGUCGGGCGCGACGUGUGUGCUGUCAGACUGAAUUUCGAGAAGUUUGAGCUGUCGCCUUUUACGGAAGGUGUCUGUAUCGGCGACCACCUGACUAUCCUAGGCACGAAGGAGGGUUCCACGACGCCCAUCUGCGGAAACAUGACGGGCUGGACGACCACCUUCGCCGUGAAGAAAAAUAGUGACGUCGUGUUGGCAAUGGUUCUCCAGGGACGCCCCGCCCACACCUUCUCCAUCCGGGUCACUCAGAUUGCCUCUCAUCAGCAAUAA